UGUGCGUCGACGUGUGUGUGUGUGUGUGUGUGUGUGAAGAAGGAGAGGGCGCUUAGAGCCACAGCACACGCCCAAACCCUGUGUCUCAAUAAUGCACAACCCCCACGUACACACUCAGUCUUCACUUUCAUUACAGGACUUGUUUUAGGCUAUAGGCUGAAAGGCCAUAGCUGGCCAUUUCAUAUGCAGAUGUUCCAAGAAAAUCCUGGGUUCCUCAAGAAUUAGCUGAAGAUUCUCUACAGAAACCAGUUAGAGAUCAUCAACCUGAAACUCAAACUGAGUGUGAACACUUGAUAGGCAGCCAGAGUGUCACAUGGCCUUUUGUUUGACGACCCCUGUGCCUUUCAUUGGCUGAUUUGCUUGAGAAAGCAUCCGUCGCCAAGGCAACCAAGUCCCACUUCACUUGUCUGGUGAGGCCUUGACAAAGUCACACAUAUCCUUUUUUACCCUCUGCUUUUUACAAUUUCUCCUCGGUUGUGCAUCUCAAGAGUCAGCGGGAGCAGAGUACUGUCAUGUACAGUAGAGACACUCCUCGCUGACUUUCGCACAGAGUUAUGGAGCUGAAGGUGUGGGUGGAUGGUAUUCCACGUGUAGUUUGUGGUCUAUCUGAAGAGACAUCUUGUCAGGAUGUAGUCAUCGCACUAGCCCAGGCAAUAGGGCAAACUGGUCGCUAUGUGCUCAUCCAGAAACUAAGGGAUAAGGAACGACAGCUUGUGGCUAAUGAACGGCCACUGGAGUCCCUGGCUAAUCUGGGCCAGUUGGGUAAUGAAGUGCAAUUUAUUCUACGCCGCACUGGCCCCACGACCAGUGAAGGCAAAGACCAAGGUCGAGUCCCUCCCUUGCCCAGGCCCCCAGAUCCAGAGCCCCCCAAACACAGAGAGCCAAAAAAGGCUCUCACUUUUAAUCUGGGGCCCUCCACCUCACCCCGAACCCGUGUAAAACAGUUUGAAAAAUCACCCAGAGACUCUAAAGUGCCGAGGGCAUCCCCAUCUUCUUCCUCUUUCCUUGCCCAAGCUGGUUCGUCCAAAGAGGCAAUUUAUCAGCAGAUUAUUCGACAACAAGGGCAGCUUCAGGCUAUGCAUGCACAGCUAGAGACUCUAGAGGGGGAGCUUGGUGUUUGGGAGCGGGCUCCUCCACCAACUUGUUCCCCAGACAUCCUUGAGAAAAUGGAAUACCUACAGAAGACUCUGAGGCGGAAUGAGGAAGAACUGGCCCAUGAACAUUACUGGAAAAGUGAAUUUCACUCUGAAGUUCAGAGAGAAAAGGACAUUCUUAAGCAAAAAAAUGAACUCCAUUCAGCCCUUGAUAAACAUAAUCAAAGGCUACAUGACACAGGCAACCAAUCGGAGCAGCUGGAGCAUGAUAUUCAGCUGCUUAUUGAGAGCAAGAGAAAUGGUUUGCAUCAAGCCAGGCCCAGUGUUGAAGAGUCUGUACUCAUAGUGAAGCGACAACUGGACAACCAGCAGCGCCAAGGGGCUGAGCUGCAGGCAUUGGUUGAAGAGACAGAAAAGGUUUUAUGGCUGGCAGAUGAGCAACUGCAGGCUAAGAUCAAGGAACUGGACGAUCUGAACAAGGAGUUACGCCAGUGUAACCUGCAGCAAUUCAUUAAGCAAACAGGAGUCACCCCAGCACAGUUCAGUCAGCAAACAGAUGAGAUUGAUUUUGCUCUCCUCAAGCCUGAUGGACAGAGUGAUGAAGAUUCGAAUUCCUCUGUCUUGGAGUUCAACCCUCGCACCACUGCCAAGCAAAUUCUGGGGAACCCACGCAGCCUCCAGAACCCACUCCUCUCCAAACUUCAUCCAGAGGUCUUGUCAUCAAGAGAAACAUCAUGGCAUUAAAGUCUGGAGUACAACCUUAAGGAAUUAUUCACUGUUCACUUUAUAUUAUAAUAAUGUCUAUAUAAUAUUGUCUGUAUAUGUUAAUUAUAUUGUCUUUUAUAUGGUACUCUUUGAAAUGCAUUUGUGACCUAUAAAUAAGGCUAUGUAAAUAGAGUGCUGGCUUUGUAAUUAUAAAACAGAUGAAGAUUUUUGAGUGUAUUUUAACAAUCCACACACUGUAUAUUUCUUUUACCUAAGACAUAAAAA